UACAAUAUUAUUCAAAAGAGUGAUCAUCAUAUGCAGAAAAAAUGAGAACACCAGCAGUCUGUCUUAUUUUCUUGCUCUCUGUUGGUCUGUUCAAGGGUUCCCAUGCAGAGCCAUUCGAAUACCUACAGUUUGUCUUGCAAUACGCUAGAGGUUCCUGUGUUAACGUCAAGAAAUGCAUUCCACCGGCGAGAUUGCCGGCCAAAUUCACGGUUCAUGGAAUUUGGCCCACGAAUAUUUCCAAGCAGGAGGUGAUCGAGUGUACAGCUGCCGUGAAACUACACUCGUUCGACGGAAACCUGAUAACACCGUCGCUGAAAACCGAUCUUCUCCAAUCUUGGCCCAGCGUCCGGAGAGAUAAAGAUAAUAUGACUUUUUGGGAACACGAAUAUAAUAAGCAUGGGUCCUGUACUGCACCAGCUAUCACUCAGACAGCGUAUUUUGAGAGAGCUCACAAGUUCUGGAAGGAGUAUGAUCUCUAUUCUGUUUUGGAACAAAAAAAAUCAAGCCGGGGCAGUCUCGAUGGUAUUCACUGGCUGAUUUUCAAGCAGCCGUCCAGUCCAAGAUUAGUACCGAUUAUAUACCUCUCAUCCUGUGCAAGGAGGAAGCAUUAACUCGUGGGAGCGGCACAACUGAAUUAAUUCUGAGGGAAAUAGUUAUCUGUUUCGAUCACCAGGGGACAGAUCUGGUCAAUUGUACCCGGUCCACGGAUUGCAAGAUGAUGAAGAACACAACUGCAACCAAUAACAUAUACUACGUUUAGCUGAUUCUCCUUUCUCCCUCUUUUCAUCUCUUUUUCUACAUUGUUUCGAUGAAUUUAGUUGGGUCUAGGGUUUGACGCCCUAGCAUUAAAAUAAUGUAAUAAACUAUACUUUAUGAAUAAAAAUAGGGGGGUGAAAUUUGCACACCCAAAAUUGCAAAUUGCACACCCCUCUUAUUUUUUUAA